AUGAGUGCUAGGCUUCUCGAACGCUUUGGGUGGCUAGGCCAAAGCCCAAUCCCUAAAAGGCCGGAUAACAAAUUGCAAGACACCGGUUCUCCAUCCCAGCAACAGUCGAAAAAGCGCGCCGCCCCCGAACCUCCUCUGCGGACCUACGGCACCAAACAAGCGCGCAAAGCAUUGCCAUUGGCAAAGUCAUCACGCGAAGCGGUCGGCGCCGCGCCCGCUGGUCGUGCCCGCUCUUCCCAACGCAAAGGGUCCCCGACCAAGAGCCAACCGCCGACACAGCUUGCUUCCCAGCUCCCGAUCGAGAGCUCGAGCCGCCUCGAAAGCCGACCGCCGCAGGCUACCGUGUCUUCUAGCGGUGAGCAUGGCGAGUUUGCCAUGGCCAGUCAACUCCCUUUCUCGGGUGUAUCACCACGUGAACAAUCACAGUAUGUCCAGGUCCUCGACACGGACAUAAUGGCCACACAGCCCGAGGAUGUUGCCGAGGAAAUCAGCGUCGAGGUCAGUACGAGGCCUCAGCCUGAGUCUGUCGAGGAGAAGGACCUAUUUGUUGAACCUGCUCCUGCGUCAACAGCCUCGUCCCAUGGCGAGGACGGCGCCGCCGACAUUCCUCAGAUAAUCGACGACCAAUCUAAGGCCCCUACCUCUCAGACAGAAGAUGAGACGACGGCGGCAGAGCAGACCCCUACGCUGGAUCACAAAGGUGACCCAUAUUUCGUCUUUACCCGCUUCCUCGAGCAUCGUUGGCGAGGCACCACAAUCGAGCUGCUCGUUGAGUGGCAUGGUGCCGAGCCCACCUGGGAACCCGAGGCGAACCUGCACCAUGAUGCGCUGGACGCUCUGCUCAAGUACUGGCAGCAACAGGGUGGCCAUCCCGAAAACCCUAAUGAGGAAGGGCUCUACGAUGUUUACUGUAUCCGUGAACACAAGGGCCAGAAACUUCUGGUCGAGUGGACCGGUUACGCGCCCUCUGAAGCUACGUGGGAGCCCAAGAAAAAGAUACAAAAGGCCGCGCCGCAAAUUGUGAAGGAGUACUUUGACAGCCUCAAGCCCGCGGCGCCACGACAAAGGGGAAGGAAGAGGCAGGCGUGA